AUGGCCUUGUCCAUAACCAGCACGGCAUUGUCCAGGGUUGCGGUGCCAUGCUCGGUGUGCCACGGGUUCCAGCUGAGGAAGCUCAGAUACGGGGACCAAAUUCGUUAUGCUGCCGAUUUCAGUCCCAUGUCUCUCCUGCAAUCAGCCUUGACCUGCCCCUUUUGCGCCAUCGUUCUCGGAGGGGUCCUGAAGCUCGGUGGCCAUGAUAUCGAGACUCUUGAGAGUGUCAUCGCCUGGAUCUAUAUCCGGGGGCCACACGAGCUGCCUCCGCUCACUUUGUCCGUCGAGAUAUACUACAGGGACUCGCGACCAAAGUUGGAGCUGGAGAUCUACGCCGAAGGGUCCAGUGGGUCAACAUCAUCAUUCGGAGUGGUUGCCCGUUCCACCAAAGUGUUCCAGCCGACCGAGCCUCUGGCAGCCAGCAGUGUUCAAUGGGCACGAUCAAACAUCUCAAAUUGCUUGUCGCGUCAUACCAAGUGCUCCAAGUCCACCAAGACGGCACUGCCAAGCCGAGUAUUGUCGUGCAAGAAGACCGUGGAGGGCAAAAUCGACGUACUCCUCCGGGAGACGGACAAUAGUCUUGGCGAAUAUGCCUGCAUCAGCCACAGAUGGGGCGGCUCUGCCUCGGGCAAGACCACGCGAGAUACAUAUCCUGAUUUCCUACACGGCAUCGCCUGGGACGCCAUCCCGCCAACCUUCCAAGACAUCAUACGCUUCUCGCUCGCGUUAGGCAUUGAGAAUAUAUGGAUUGACUCGUAUUGCAUAAUUCAAGAUGAUGCCGACGACUGGGGCCAGCAGGCCGGCCAGAUGGCCAACAUAUACAGGAACUCUUCGAUCACCCUUGCUGCGACGGCUUCUACAGAUAACGAAUCUGGCUGUUUCUGGAGUGCUAACGACGCAUAUGAGAAACGAUUCGAGACGGGUCUGGGUUCUUUCACCGUGCGGAAGACGAUGAGGCAUUGGGAAAGAUCGUGGAACGCCAACACUGCGUUCCCAUUGUUGUCGAGGGCAUGGGUGUUCCAAGAACGCCUGCUGGCCCCCCGGGUCCUGCACUUCUCUCACCAUGAGCUUGUGUGGGAGUGUAUGGAGCUUGGUGAUUGCCAGUGCGGUGGCUACUACUUGCCAUCGAACCCAAAGAUCCGCGACUGGGGCGACAAAGCAUCGUGGACAUCGGCCGUCGAGCUCUACAGUGCUCUGGAUCUCACUGUAGCCCAAGACCGGCUCCCCGCCCUCCUCGGGUUCGCUUCGUUCUUUGCCCAGUCCAAUGGGGCCUCGCUCGAGAAGGACUAUGUGGCCGGACUGUGGAUGAAGUCGAUCAAGCGCGACCUGCUCUGGAGGGUCAACUCAUCUGCGCUGGCAUCGGGGGCCGAGCCCGACCGAAUCUGCUACUGCUUUGACAGUGCCUACAGCUCGGACAAGAACUGGAGGUGCCAGUACUCGUACUCGGCAGCUUGCUCGCUGCCUUGUCUGGACCGCCGGCGGCUCUGCCGUCACGGGACGCGCGAGGCAGCGGUACCGUACGACGUGCCGUUCCUGGCAGCUUGCUCCGGGGGCGGUUCGACAACGACCAUCCAAGACCUACUGAGCAUGCGCGCGGCGGACCCUCUUCGACGCAGCAAGGACGCGUAUACGGGCCCGUCAUGGUCGUGGGCCUCGGCGCAAGGUCGGGUCCAGUACUGGCAAGAUUUGCCUAAGAACGCCAGCAGGGACGCCCUGACGGUUGCCUCCGUUUCAGUCCAACGUGACAAGCGUGUUCUCACCGGACCGAUAUCGUACGCGAGGCUUCUCGUGAGUGGUCGCGUGACUCCUGCACUUCUCCGGUAUGUAGAUCUGCCGGACCCAAGCACCCGCUGGUCUGCGGUGAGGCACCAUGACAUCUUCAACUACAGCUUGGAGAUCAACAUAAACCAGCGCCGCCUCGAGUUCUUCCCCGAUUACAUCAUCAGCAUGGAGGGCCGGGGAUGGAUCCCGCCGUUUACGAGCGUCUUCCUACUCUACGUGGAUUUCGGCGCCUACCUGGUCUUGAAGGAGAAGGACUUUUUCGAUCUGCCGCGCGAGGGAAGACUGAAAAACCUGGCCACUGGGAUGAACCCGGCGGGCAGCCGGCAACUCAUGGACGUGCACGCGGAGUAUGUGAGGGUUGGCAUUCUCAGACUUCCGGACAAUACGACUAUUGUGCACAGGAAUACAGACUGGCUGAUUGGUAUCCAGAUAGUGUGA